AUGACAGCAGCAGCAGUAGCAGCAAGUCGCUCCCUCUUCUUCCCGGGCAUCGCCCCAGCGCUGCAGCGUCGUGUGCUGCAGCUGCCUCUCCCGCAAAAGGCAAAGGCCUUCAUAAGAGAUGAGACCAGCAGCAGCAGCAACAGCAACACUAGCACCAGCAACAGCAGCACUAGCAGCAGCAGCAAGAGCAGCUACAGCAAGAGCAGCAACAGAAGCAGUAGUUACAUCGGCAGCAGCAGUAGCUACAGCAGCAGCAAUAACAGCAGCAGCAAUAACAGCAGUACCUACAGCAGCAGCACUAACUACAGCAGCAGCAGCAGUAGCAGUAACAGCAUCAGCAGCAGCAGUAGCUACCGCAACAGCAGCAGCAGCAGCAGCAGCAGCAGCAGCAGCAGCAGCAGCAGCAGCAGGAGUGUGUGGGUGUUGCUGCAUGCAGGCCACCCUGCGGGUCCCUUUACAAUUCAUUUUUGGGCUCCAACAUUAAAGUGGGGUAUUUCAAUUGCAAACAUUAUUGACAUGUUCGACAAAGACAUCUCUGGUGUCUCUCCAGCACAACAAACAGCGGUAGCAGCAACAGGAAUUAUUUGGUCGCGGUAUAGUAUGGUCAUUACCCCGAAGAACUGGAACCUCUUCAGCGUUAAUUUGGCAAUGGCAAUAACCGGAUGCAUACAACUCGCUCGUAUUGCUCUUAAAGAUUCAGAGACAAGCAGCAGCAGCAGCAGCAGCAGCAGCAGCAGCAGCAGCAGCAGCAAAGGCAGCAACGCUACUGGUUCUGCAUAA